ACCUGUCGCCUUUCUGCGCGGACGCACGCCGUCGGUCGACAUGCGCGCGCCUAAUCGAUCCACUCGACCAAGAUUGAAUCGAAGUUAGACGCGAGAUCGGUUCCGAAUUCAAAAGUACCGGAUUCAAUGCCCAGUGGGACAGUGUUUGUGUUGUGACAGUUAUAAUCUUCUUGUGGUCUGGAUUGUGCUUUAUGAGAAUUUGCAAAUGCGGGUAUUGUACCUAUUUAUGUGGAUUUCCAAAGCAUCCUACGUUUUGACUUAAACCAGUGAAACUAUAGAGUUUGUGUGUAUUGUGCAAUGUGACCAGGUAAACGACCAGCAUCAUGUGCAGCAAGGAACAAAUCGACCAUAUCCUCGGGAAGAUCAAUGUGGGCCUGCCGUCGUGGUCUCGCGGCGUGGCGGCGGCGGAGGCGGCGCGGGCGCGCGUGGUGCGCUGGGCGCGCGACGCGUGCGGCGCCUGCGACGAGCCCGAGCCUGACCCGCCGCGCAAGAAGAUGCCGCAUGCGCUGCGACGCCGGUACCUGCUCUGCCCCUGUCUGCAGAAUGACGAGCCCCCAGAGAUCACUUACUGUGUGGUGGGCGGCGAGGGGGGCUUGGCGCUGCAAGCGGUCACCCCCACCCACCCUAUGCCGCCGCAAGAUGAGCUGGACGCCAUGUUUGCUGAGCUUGUGGAGGAGCUGGACCUGACAGCAGUGAACAAGGCAGCGAUGAUGGAGCUCCCAGCAGCCAAGAAGUGGCAGAUCUACUGCAGCCGCCGCCCGCCCCCGGGGCAGGCGCCGCCGCUCGCCAGCGCGCCUGAGGUCGAGGACUACAUCAAGGCUCUUAAUGAGAUCGCAGAUGCUUUCGCGUCAUCAGAGAGCAGCACAACAGCUGAGACGUGCGCGCUGGUGGACGGGCUGAAGACGGCACUGCGCACACGCGCGCAUAGCUUCGUGCUGCGGUUUAUCAAAAAUGGCGGCCUGGGCGCGCUGCUCGACGCCUUGCAACGCGCCCCACCUGACCACGCUGCGACCAGGCAUAACCUGAUCGCUGCUAUCAAGGCGCUUAUGAACAACUCUACUGGCCGAGCGCACGUGCUGGCGCAUCCGACGAGCAUCGACCUCAUUGCGCAGUCGCUGGACACAGACAACGUGAAGACCAAAGUGGCGGCGCUUGAAAUACUUGGCGCUGUCUGCCUCGUGCCCGGAGGACAUAAGAAGGUUUUGGAAGCCAUGGUGCACUACCAGAAGUACGCGGGCGAGAGGGCUCGGUUCCAGGGCAUAGUCAACGAGCUGGACCGCAGCACUGGCGCGUACCGGGAUGACUUGGGCGUCAAGACGGCCAUCAUGUCUUUCGUCAACGCGGUCCUCAACUACGGACCGGGAGAGGAUAGCUUGGAGUUCCGCCUGCAUUUACGAUACGAGCUCUUGAUGUUGGGGAUACAACCAGUGAUAGAAAAACUUCGCAAGUACGAGAACGAAACCUUGGACCGGCAUAUUGAGUUCUUCGAGAUGGUGCGCAUGGAGGACGAGCGCGAGCUGGCGAGGAGGUUUGAUAAGCAGCAUGUCGACACGAAGAGUGCUUCAGCGAUGUUCGAGCUGCUUCGCCGCAAGCUCAGCCACACCGCUGCUUAUCCUCAUCUUCUGUCCUUAUUAGGACAUUUGCUUAUGCUGCCGUUGGAGUACAGCCCGCAGUCACAGCACUGGCUGAUGCUGGACCGCGUGGUGCAGCAGCUGGUGCUGCAGCAGCCCGGAGCCGGCAGCCGCGCCGCCAGCCAACAAGACUCGCACGCCGCGCACACGCACCCCACCAAGGUUUACGAUCCCGAUGUGGCGCCUCUAGAGAUCAAUGUGGGCGAGAUAGUUCACCUGCUGGCCAAAGAGGAGGAGCUGGUCGAAGCCAGGUCUAAGGCUGAGAACUUGGAGAAGGAGAACGUGGACCUGGCCACGGAGUUAGCCAAAAAGGAGAAGCAGUGCGACCAGCAGACGCAAGAGAGAGAAGAGUUGGAGGGAGUCGUGGCGAGGCUGAAAGAGAGACUGGAGAAAGAAACAGCGGCACACAUGGAGUGCGCAGAGAGGGCGCGCGCCGCCGCCUGUAGGACCCACCAGCUCGAACAACAGUUGAAUCAGGAGCGAGCUGAAAGGGCGCGAUUUGAGAAACUAGUCAGUGAAGGAAGCAUACCUGAUGAUGCCAAAGUUAGCAACCUAAAGAGCGCAGUGAUCGAGACAUGCGGCGCGCCACCGCCCCCGCCGCCGCCGCUGUGCGCGCUGGCGCCGCCCCCGCCGCCCCCCGCGCCUGCGCCCGCGCCGCCCCCCGCGCCGCUCGCGCCACUCGCCCCCACCGCACCCAAACCCAAAAAGAACGUCCCAACCCCAGGAAACCCCCUCAAAAGCUUCAACUGGAGCAAACUGCCAGACGCGAAGCUCCAUGGAACCAUUUGGCAGGAACUCGAUGACACAAAACUGUACAAUACGAUGGAUCUCCACACUAUUGACAAGAUGUUCUGCGCGUACCAGAAAAAUGGAGUUCAAAAUGAGGGUUCAGUAGAAGACCUACGGCAGCUGGGAGCCAAGCCUCGAACCAAGAUCCUGUCCGUCAUCGACGGCCGUCGUGCCCAGAAUUGCACCAUCCUACUCUCCAAACUGAAGAUGUCAGACGAGGAGAUCUGCAGGGCGAUCCUACGAAUGGACAGCUCGGAGCAGCUCCCCCUGGACAUGGUGGAGCAGCUGCUCAAGUUCACGCCCAGUGCCGAAGAGGCUGCGCUGCUCGAUGAACACCAGGACGAGCUCGACAGCAUGGCGCGAGCUGACCGGUUCCUCUACGAGAUCUCCAAGAUCCCGCAUUACUCGCAGCGUGUGCGCACGUUGUUGUUCAAGAAGAAAUUCACGGCGGCGGCGGCCGAGGCGUCGGCGCGGGCGUCCGUAGUGCUGCGGGCCGCGCGGGAUAUGACGCGCUCGCGCAGGCUACGGGCGCUGCUCGAGGUGGUGCUGGCGCUCGGGAACUACAUGAACAGGGGCGCGCGCGGCAACGCAUCGGGAUUCCGGUUGUCGUCUCUUGGCAAGCUGGCCGACACCAAGUCCAGCGUGGCGCGACACACCACGCUGCUGCACUACCUCGUCGAAAUGCUGGAGACGCCGCAGUUCAAAGACAUUCUAUUCCUGGAGGAGGACCUGCCCCAUGUUAGGCAGGCCGCUAAGGUGUGCGUCGAGCAAUUGGAGAAAGACGUCACCGCGCUACGGAAUGGACUUAGAGAGGUGCAACGCGAGCUGGAGUAUCACGCGGGGCUGGGCGCGCCCACCGCCCACGACAUGUUCCUGCCCGUCAUGAGGGAGUUCCACGCCCACGCCGUCUGCACGUUCACUCAGCUCGAGGAUCUCUUCCAGGACAUGAAGAGCCGCCUGGAGGCGUGCGCGCACGCGUUCGGCGAGGAGGCGUCGUCGUCCCCCGAGCAGCUGUUCGGCGCGCUGGCCGCCUUCCUGGCGCAGCUGGCCGACGCGCGCGCCGACUGCGCCGCCGCGCGCCGCCGCCGCGACGACGACGAGCGCCGCACGCGCCACGAGCAGGAGCUCAAGAAGCGAACGAUGGAACGCAAGCAGGCGUCAAGUCUGCUCAGUUCAGUUGGCAAAUCUCUUGGUAAGUCCAACGGAUCAGCUGACUGCAACGGCCACGCGAACGGGGACACCUCCAGGGACGGAACCCUCACCAACGGGCAGAAGGGAGAGUUCGACGACCUCAUCUCCGCGUUGAGGACCGGCGACGUCUUCGGAGACGACGUAGCCAAGUUCAAGAGGUCCAGGAAGACCAAAGGCAAAGGUCGAGACUCCCCACCGAAAGGCGUCAACCGAGAAGACUCCAGAGAACGACAGAAGAACUAAGGAUUUGAUGAGGAAUUAGGGUUGUGUCUGAAGAUUUAUAUAUCGUCACCUUAUGGCGAACAUCAUAAGUGCCUUAUUGAAAAAUUAACGGCCUUUGUGGUCCAGUGGUUGAGCGUUGGGCUAACGAUCCGGAGGUCCCGGGUUCGAAUCCCGGUGGGGACAUAUCACAAGAAUCAUUUUGUGAUCCCUAGAUUUGGUUAGGACAUUACAGGCUAAUCACCUGAUUGUCCGAAAGUAAAAUGAUCAGUGCUUCGGAAGGCACGUUAAGCCGUUGGUCCUGGUUCAUACUUACUGAUGUAAGUGAGUAAUCUUUACAUGACCUUUGGCGAGUUAAUAGUAACCCUGACACCAGGGUUGCUGAGGUUGGUAAUCCACCUCACAACCCACACGAUAGAAGAAGAAGCAGAUUGAAUCACAUUCGGUUGUGAUUUUUCUUGACAAAGCUAGUUUCAGUCCAAUUAAAAAUUGUGGUCUAAAUUUUUACCCUAAUUGAAAUGAAUUGGAAGAAAACAGGUUUAAAAUAAAAAAUUUCGAAAAGGCGCUUAAAUGGUUUUCACUUUAAGGUGACGUCAACCAACCUCGUAGGAGUAGAGGUCAGAUAGUCAACAUUAUGUUAUAAGUAGGACCUAACUAACCAGUUAAUGAGAAUGAAGAGUGUCUUUCAUAGAAAGAGAUAGAUGUAUCGCUUGCGUACGCGAACGUCCCCGAAAGUGUGACAACGAAACGAAUAGGGCGUCUAAAAACGUCAAAUUGAAGUAAUUCGCCUUAAAAAGAAAUAUUUUGCGCAUAUAAACUGGGCACCCUCAGGCCUGUUGUCUUAAACGUUGUACCGGGUGAGAGCCUUCAGCGCUCCCCAUUUGUCCGGCCAAGUAGUUAAUGCGAUCUGCGGCAAAUCUACAAUAAGUCACGUCAAAAAAAAACCCGCAUAUAAAAGUCCAAAAAAGUAGAUGGUUCCGUGCUUCAGAAGGCGCGUUAGGGUGCUACCAGACCAAUCGAUCGAUCAUCGAUCGACAGCAUCGAUCGAUGGUAGAAUAGAAUAGUCGACGUCGAUCGAUAGUUUCUACCAGACCGACGGAUCGAUUAUUGUCAUCGCCCGGCAAUCGAUCGAUUGCUUAAUCGAACAGUAUCUGUCGAUCAAUUAAAGUUACCAGACCAGUCGAUCAACUUCGAUCGACGAUGAUCGAUGCCGUCGAUCGAUGAUCGAUCGAUUGGUCUGGAAAGCACCCUUAGGCCGUCGGUCCCGGGCUACUAGCUCAAACACUACAAACCCGCACUGAAGCAGCGUUUUGGAGUAUGCUCCAUACCCCCUCCGUUUGAUUGAGAGGUCUGUGCCCAGCAGUGGGACUUUUAUGAGCUAUUUUAUGUCAUUUAUGCGCAAUGCCAACAGAAGUGAAAAAAUAGCAAUAUUGCUUUUUUAGGUGAAUUGCUCCAAUGUGUCUUUUUAACCGCCUCAGAUUUUUUUCUUUUAUAAAUGUAACUCGCUGUCUCUAUCACAAAUACGGUGCCUAAUUUUUGGAACAUUUUUGUUCUCACCAUGAAUUUUUGACGAAGCUUUUGCAGUAACGACUGAGAAAGCCUAAGACUGGCAGGAUAUUCCAUAAUUACUAUAGAUGUUUUAUAAGCAAUGUGUGAUUUGAGUAACCAUAGAUAGAGUGUAUUGUUUUUUUUAAUAGUGUGUUUAUCAUGUACCAGAUAAAGACAAAACUAACGGAAGUUCUUUACAGAUUUAUUUUAUUUUGGAAUGGAAAAAGCACUGAUUUAAGUACGUUCUUACAUAGGCGCUAUAAUGUAUAUAAUUAAACCGAUCUGCAUAAAACGCCCGUGUUACUUAAGUAUCAAAACAGCUUGAGUUAUGUAGGUACUACCUACAUUUUUUCUCUGUAGCCUAAUUAAUGUCCCAUUGCUGGGCAAAGGCCUCCCCCUUCUCUUUCCAACCUUCCCUAUCUUGGGCAUCGUUCCGCCAGGUGUGCCGGAAGGCGUCCAGCUCGUCCCUCCACCGUCGUCGUGGUCUACCUCGUCGUCGACGACCCUGUGGGGACCAAUCAG